AUGUGCAGCGUAGCGGUGCGCUGGUGGGCCGAUACACCCAGGCUGCGCACAGUUCACCGCCAGAGGCGAACUCGACGUCUUCACGACGAAAGUCGGAUGUUGAGGCUUCGGUCGUCAUCUCUGCCAGUUGAUUCGAGGACGACUAUGAUGAACAACCGAGAAGGCAGGAUGUUGGUGGACCGGAAUGAAGGACUACCCAACGGAAGAAGUUCUGAGACCUGCAAUGGUGCAAGACCGUUCUCGUGA